AUGCUUAAUAACAAUGCCAAGAAAAUACAACUGUUAAAAAAAAUUUUAUAUAGAGAAAAUAUUAAAAAUAAACAAAAGAAUAAUUUGAGAAGGGUUUUUAAUGAUUAUAUAAACAAUGAAAAGAUAACCUUUCUAUAUGAUAAAAAUAUAUUUAUUCAAAUUAUACAAUAUAACAACAAACAAAAAUCACUAUACAUAAAUUCUGAUGUUUUAAAAAAUAAUAAAAAUGGAAAUGAUCAACUAAUUAUUAAGAAGGAGGGAAAUUUGAAAUCCUUUGUUUGUGACAAGGAAAAUAAGCAUUUGGGGGAAAAAAAAAAUAAGAUAAAUAAAGUUAAUAUUAAAAAUGUCUAUCCUCAUAAUAAUAAAAAUAUAUAUAAUGAUGCUAAUAUGUACAAUAAUAAUCAGCAUGAUAUUUCUAUUGACACGUCUUAUAAAAAUCAUCAUACACAUCAAUGUGUCAAAAUAAAUAAUUAUGUUAUUAACGAAGAAAUAAUAGAUAAAAAAAUUAAUCAACAAAAUGAAAACCACGCACGUCAUAAUGGUCCAUGUGAUAAUAUGAAACCUUCUACAUAUCGUUUAGAAGAAAAGAAUUAUUUAAAUGUAAAUCCAAUGAUGAUAAAAAAAAAAAAAAAAAAUCUGGAAAUUGUUAACAAAUAUAGCGAUAAAUGGGAAAAACAUGAAAAUAAAAAAAACAAGUUAAUCAUUAAAUACGAAAUAAAAAAUACACCUGAUAUAAUUAAUAUUUUAAAUAAAUGUAUAGAAUAUAAUUAUAUAAAUAAUAAUCUAUAUGAUGAUAUUAUAUAUAACAUUAUAAAUACAAGAGAUAAUUAUUUGUCAUUAAAAAAUUUAUUACUUAUAUCAAACAGUUUUAUUAAAUUAAAUUAUUUUAAUGAAACAUUUUAUAAUUAUAUAUUUAUUCAUAUCUUAAAAUUAUGUGUAAUAUCUACACACGAUUUAAUAUCCAUAUUAUAUAUUCUGUCAAAUAUAAAGAAAUUAAAUAUGUAUAAUUAUAUUUUUUUAUAUAAAAUGAAUUUUAUGUUUCUACACCGUUUAUAUUCUUUAUCAAUAUACCAAUUAUAUAAAAUAUUAAGUUGUUACCUAAAAAUAUACAAAACUGUAGAUAAAUUAAAAAAAACAAAUGAACACUCUUCAAAUAAUUAUACAAUUCACAAUAAGGAAAAAAAAUAUUUAAGUGAUAAAAAUGAUCAUGUCAUAAAAAAAUAUAAUAAGAUAAAUUCACAACAUUUUCAUAUAUUUUAUAAAAUCAAUUUUUCACAAAUAGUAAAAAAUGAAAAUAACGACAACGUUAAAAUAAAUAAUGAAUCCAUUGAUUUGGUAUUCUUCCUAAUUGAAUCUUUGACAGAUAAAAAAAUAAAAAUUAAUCAUUUGGAUACAUUAAUUGAUAUAUCGGACCCACUAAACGAUUUAUUUUUUUCAUAUUUCAAGAAGAAAAUAGGUUCUUUAUUCCUAAAAAAAGUGCAUAGUGAAUAUAUCACAUUUAAUAAGGAACAACGAAAAAUUUUGUACAAAAAAAGGGAUGCAAUUAUACAAAUGUAUAAAAAGGAACAAUUAAAAAAAAAUGAUGAUGUGUCGAGAGGUGGUGUAUCCUUUAAACAACAGAAUGAUAACUGUAUUAAUAUUACAAAUAACCAGGGGUACAUAAAAAAUUCACAAAAGAUAUUACUAAAAAUAAUAAGCAAAAUGAAAAGGAAAAUUAGAGCAAGGAUAUUUAUACCAUUUAUUAAAAUAUACGAAGAGAAAAAUAUGAACAAAAUAAUAAAUAAAAGUAAAGAUAUAAUAAAAGAAAGAGACACAAAUAAGUUAUUAUAUACCUUUUUUUGCAAUACAUACAAGAAUAUGAAUUUAACAUUUGAUCAAAAAAGUUUAUUAAUAACAUUAAGUUGUUUUUCAAAAAAACGACAAUUAUUAUUUAAUGAUGUAAUAUAUAUGUUAACUUAUUUAAUGGAAAAGAAAAUUAAUUAUUAUAAUCAUGAAGAAAUUAUUGAUUUAAUGAACAGUUAUAGUAAUAUGAAAAAUGAAAAGAUAUCAAAUAACGUUUUUAAUUUUUUAGCUAGAUUUCUAUUUAAUAAUAAUAAAAUUAUACAUUUAAAUGAUACACAUCUUCAUAUAUUAUUAAAUAUAUUAAUAAAAAAGAAAUGUUUCAUAAAUCAAGAUGUUAUAAAAUAUAUAUCUAAUUUUGUAAUGUAUCACAAACCAUAUUAUAAAAAUUUAAAAAAUGCAUCACUUUAUUUAUUUUUCCAUUAUCAUUUUAAUUCUUUAAAUGAACAUUUUUUAAAUAAUAUAUUUUGUACUCUUCAUAAUAAAAAUAUGAUAACAUUAUAUCACUGUAAUCAAGUGUUCUCAUCUACUUUGGUUAUUGGAUCUAAUAAAUUGAAAUAUCAAAAGGGGGUUUAUAACAUUCUUGAUACAUCCAUUUUAAACCAUUUAAAGGAAAUAUAUUUCAACAAACAUGUUGAUAUUUCUUUAAAUGAUAUGAAAAAUAUUGUAGAUUUUGUAUUUUACUUUAAUAUAUCUAUAACGGGUAAUGUUUUAAAGGCAGAGUACCGAAAGCUAAAAGUUAGUAAUGAUAAAAAAAAAAAAAAAAAAAAAAAAAAAAAUCAUAUAAUACAAGUGAAGGAAAAAAUAUAUAAUAAUAAUAAUAAUAAUAAUAAUAAUAAUGAUAAUAUUUAUGAUAACAUAUAUGAUAAUAAUUAUGAUAAUAAUUAUGAUAAUAAUUAUGAUAAUAUUUAUGAUUAUAAUUAUGAUUAUAAUUAUAAUAUGAGUAUAUAUACUCCAUUCAUAGCACCAAAAAAAUGUUGUAAUAAAAAAAAACCUGUUUAUUUCUUUUCAUACAAUUCUUUUUGCAAAACAUAUUUAAUGAAAUUUUCUUUUAAUAUAAGAAUGUUUAUUUUGAUUAAACAGAUUGUAGAAUAUUUAUUAAAAGAAAAAUAUUAUUUUAAAAAUACUAAUCAGUUUAUUAUUCUUAUGGUUAAGUUAUCAUGUAAUGUAUAUGAAAUAGUACAAAAGAUCAAUUCAUUGAACAACAACUAUACUUACUUAUAUAUUAAUAAUAAAUCAUAUGUGAAAAAAAAUAAAAUAAUAAACAACUACUUUUUGAGAAUAUUAAAUUAUAUAAACAAUAAUAUUUUGUUAUUUUUAUGUAAAGGAAAUGAACGUAUCAUAUUUUUAUCGAAUUUUUAUAUGCUAAAAAAUAAGUACACUUUUGAACAUAUAAAUUAUCAUAAAAUUAUACAUACUUAUUUAGAAAAACAAAUAGACAAAGUAAGAAAUAAGGAUACCGAUAUUUCUAGUAUUCUUAUUUUAUUCGAUUUUUUAAGUUCCUAUAAAAUUGAUGAAAUUAUGAUAUUAGCAAGGUGCAUAAAAAUGAAAGGACAAAUUGAAUCUUCUCAUAUGGAUGAAAAAAGAGAUUUAGAAGAAAUUCAUACGAACUUAAUGAAAAACUUUUUAUAUAGCCAAAAAUUGAGAGGUCGAGAAGAAAAGAUGAAAUAUGAAGUGACAUCAAUUAUGUACAAUGAAAAGAAGAAAAAAAAAAAAUCGAGCAUAAAAAAUAUCAUGAAAAAUUUUUUUGUAACUCUAGAAUUGAGAAAGUUCGAAUAUAUAUCAAACAUUUUUAAAAAUAAAUAUGAAAAAUUAUAUAUGUCAAAAGUACUUUUUAAUAAUAUUGAAAAAAGAAUGAUAAAAAGGAAAAUUGAAAAUAUGGAUGCAAAGAUAAAAUUAAAUAAUAGUUUCAGACAUAUAAAUAAAUAUAAUAAAUAUGUAAUGAAUAAAUUUUGUAAAAAAUGGAAGAAACGAAAAAAAUAUUUAAUACUUAAAUGCACACAUAUAUCACAAUAUAUAGAUACAAAUAAUUUAAUAGAUUUAUUGUAUUACACAUUAACAUUAACCAUUAGACAUUAUAUAAAUAACAUAUGUUCACAAAAUAAUAGAAUAAAAAAUAUAAAUUCUUUUAUAAUAUAUGAAAAAUUUAUUAUAUUCAUAUUAAAUAAAAUGGUAUUAUUAAAAAAACCACAAAUUGUGAACAUAAAUUAUUAUCUUUAUUAUAAAAUGAAUUUAUGUAUUCAUACAUUAAAAUAUAUACAUGUAAAGUUAUAUAAAAAUUAUUAUUAUAUAUUAAUGUAUUGGAAAUUUAUAAUACUAAGAAUAUUACAACGUAAUAAGACAUUUAGAAAUUAUAUGGACUUUAUACAUUUUAAUAAUAAUAGCAGAACAAGUAAUAAUACUGUACAAAACAUAGAAAACAAUGAAAUAAAUAAAUUUAAUUCUACAUAUAUGUAUUUAUUAAAUUAUCCAAGUAUAUCUCAAACAAGUUAUAAAUAUAAAUUACAAAAUGAUGUGAAUAAAAAUAUAUUACAAAAUAAUUUACAUUAUAAAAAUACUCAGUUUUAUAAAAAUAUUGUUCAUCAUAAUUUAUACCAACAAUUUUGUUACUUACAAAAUGCUUCUCAUCAACUUUAUAUGUAUUUUAUUUACUUUCAAAAAAAAUUAAAGGGUAGGAACAUGUCACUAAUAUUUAAUGGGAAAUACAUAAAGAAAGAAAUAAAAAGAAGAAAAAAAGGUAGAAUUAAUAGAAUGAAUAUAAUUAAUACUAUUAAAUUAAAUAAAACCUCAUCUUUAUAUAAUGAUGCAAAUCAUAAAGAAACAAAAAGAAAGAAAAAUACCAGUGUAUUAUUAAAAAAUAACAUUCAAAUACUUACAGUCAAAAAAAUAUAUAUAUUACAUAAUCAUUUAAUUCAAGUACAUGUAAAAAAUAAAAGUAAAUCAACAAAUAUAAAUAUGAAUACCAAUGAAAAUAAUAUUUAUGUAUUUUUUAUAUAUUCUUCUAAUAACAUAAAUCAACAUGUACCAAACCAUGAACAUUCUGAAAAGGUAGGAAUACAAAAAUAUAAUCAUAAUCAUACAAAAGAGGUACUAAGAAAAUACCAAAAAAGUGACAAGAGCAAUUAUGCUUUAAAACAAAAAAAAGAAGGAACGAUUAUAUACUUGAAACGAGAUACUUUUUUAAACUUGUACAUAAUACAACAUGAAUUACAAAAGAAGUUGACGAGCCCGUUUCAUUUGAUUCCUGUAUGCUCAGGAGAGUUCAAUAAAAUUAAGAACAGGAAAAACCUCUAUGCAUAUUUAACAAAACUAUUUGUUUGA